AUUUCAAAAAAAAAAUCUAACCUUGAGCAAACAAAAAGAGUUUUGCUAGAACAUUUUGCAAGAUAAAUUUAUGAAAAUCUUUAGUAUCGUCAGUGUUUGUGCGGAAUUAGAAUUGAUAGCAUCAGUGCUUGGAUUGGAAAUAUUAAAAAAAAUUGUGCAAUUACUUAAUUCUCAGUUUUAUUUUUUAAUUGUAAAAUGACAGAGCUAAAGUAUAUUUUUUCAGUGGAAAAUGAACUUUUCCGAACUUAUGCAUUCUGGUCUGUUUUAUUAAUCAUUAAGAUGUUCGCCAUGGUCGUUAUAACAGGAUAUCUACGACGAAAAACAGGGACUAUGAGCAAUCCAGAGGAUAUUUCUGUGGCCCCGCCUGGGUCAAAAAUCAAAUUUGAUGAUCCGGAUGUUGAACGUGCAAGAAGGGCUCAUCGCAAUGAUCUAGAAAACAUCUAUCCCUAUAUUUUACUUGGAUUUGGAUACCUUCUAACUGAUCCUACUCCAUGGGUUGCAGCCCUUGUCUUUCGUGUAGGAGCAAUUGCAAGAAUUGCCCACACGAUUGUCUACACGGUUUAUGUAAUUCCGCAACCAGCAAGAGCAAUAGCAUUUGGCGUAUGCUCGAUUAUUUCAUAUUAUAUGGCAUCACAAAUAAUUUUGUAUUUUCUCUAAAAGGGUUUAUCGAUGAUUAAUCACAUAGAACUUAUUAUUAUUAGUUUUUAUAAAAUAAAAUAGGAGCUAAAAUUAGCUUUUGAAAGUGAAA